UAUAUAUUCAGCUUCAAGUAGUACAGUAGUACAGUGUAGACGCACUUUUAUUGUGUAAACAAAAAUUGUCUAAAAAUUGAUGUAAAAGGUGGCUUUCAAGCUUAGUUUUUGGACUCAGGUGUGAAUCGUGAUUGAUUCUCGCGACCGGUGUAGUUAGUGGUUCGCGAAACGCAUGAUUAAUCGGAAAAAAGUGAUAAGAAAAAUUGCGAAACAAACGGAGAAACAAGAAGCCAGGCAAAGUGUUUGGUGUGCUUGUAAUAGUGUGGCCGAAGGGCCAGCUAUAAAUCUGCACCAUGUCUACGAGCGUGCAGUGUAGUGUUUGUUCCGCAGCUAUCAAAGAAGGGAACGAAAAAAUUUAUUGUUUUGGACCGUGUGGAAAGAUAAUGCACCCAAAAUGCUGUGGUGAAAUAAAUAUGGAUGGAAUCAAGGCAAUGCAAACAAACAGAGGCCUGAAAUAUUUUUGUCAUGAUUGCAGAAACUCUCAAUGUGAUUACAAUAAUGUGCUGGGAAUUUGUAAUAGUAUUUUGACAAAGGUCAACGAAACUGAAAAGAUGAUGAAAAAAGAAAUUACGGAACAAAUAAGGGAAUAUACUAAAACAGCAAACGAGGCGAACGAAAAAGGAUUUGUAUUGCUAAAAGAUUAUAUUAUGAGUGAGAAUAAAAAACUGGAAGAUAAAUUGUCUGCCAAAACCAACACUAGUGGGAGAAAUAGGAAAGAAGAAACAUCGCUCUCUGGCCCAAGUGGAAACACUCGCUCUCAAAGUAAACAAAAAACGGCAAAGGCUGGUGAGACGGGUAGCGUGACGCAGAACUAUGCUGAGGUUCUAAUAAACGGUAGAAAGGAAAGUGAAAUUGAUCAAAAUAGGGAAAUCCCUAAAGAAAAAGAGACUGUGAUUAUAAUUAAACCUAAGGAAGGGGACCAAUCGGCAAAAAAGACCAAGCAACAGUUGAAAGAAAAAUUAAACCGCACUGAAAACCACAUUCUAAAUGUGAGAGAGGGCAGAAAUGGAACUGUUAUACUGGGUGUCUUGGAUAACGUGGAAAGUGUAGCUAAAUCAGUCCAGGAAAAAUGUGGAGAACUCUUCAAUGUGACCGUUCCAAAACCAAAAAAACCAAGACUGAAAAUAGUAAAAGUGGCUGAAGAGCUUAAUGAAAAAGAGUUAAGAGAGGCCCUCAUUGAACAAAACGACGUAUCUGAUGAUAUAGAACUGCGAUUAGUGACAAGUUUUAAGAAUGGUCUUGAUGAAUACUGUGUGUGGACCUACAUCAUUGAAGUUGAUUCUUCUUCUCAUGAAUUUUUGCUUGAAUUAGAGAAGGUGAACAUAGGAUGGGAAAGAUGUAAAAUAGUGGAAUGCUUUGGCAUUAUUCGAUGUUUUAAGUGUUGUUGUUAUGGCCAUAAAAGUAAUGAAUGUAAGAGCGAUAGGGAGGUUUGCUCCAUUUGCGCAGAAAACCACAGAACAAAUGAAUGUAAAUCUGAAAUAGAAUGUUGUGCUAAUUGUUCGACAAUGAAUAGAAUGAGAGGUUUAAAAUUAAGCACAGAUCAUGUUGCAUUUAGUCGUGAAUGUCCUGUCUAUAAAAGACAAGUAGCCCGCAAACGCCAUCAAAUUGAUUACACUCGAUAGCAAUCAACGAAAAACAAGAACAAUAAACAAAAAUGGUCAGUGAUUAGCUUAAACUGUGGCGGACUGUCUACAAACUUUGAAGAAUUUAAAUUAUUAGUCCAAACAUAUAAACCAAGAUUAGUGUUAGUAACAGAAACUCAUAUAACAGAGCAGUUGGGAGAUGAACAUUUGGGAAUCGAUGGGUACAACCAUGUGAGUUGUUUUUCAGACUCAAGACACACAGGAGGUGUAAUGAUUUAUUCACAAUCAAACAUUGAAUACAAUGUGCUUUGCAAAAGCCAAAUCGGACGAAAUUGGUUCUUGUCAAUCGAUGUAACUAGGGGUAUGAAGAUUGGAAGAUAUGCAACGUUGUAUCAUUCCCCAAAUGAGCCGCAUGCAACAUUUUUAAAAAUUUUAGAAGAAAAUUGGCUUGAGCAAUUCGUAGACUUGUCAAAAUUUAUAGUGGUGGUUGGUGACUUCAAUAUUGACUGGUCAAGAGAAACAAGUGAUGCAUCUAAUUUGAAACAAAUCUGUGAUUCAUUAGGUUUAAAACAAAAUGUCCAAGAUUAUACACGCAUAACGAGGUUGACCAAAACAAUGAUUGAUCUAGUCUUUUCUAACUGUGAUAUUGGUGUGCUUACUGUGAGUGAAAUGAAAAUAUCUGACCAUGAAACUUUGUGUUGGUAUAAUGUGAAUGAGUGUACUGUUGCUAGUAAAUCAAUGAAAAAGAUCACUUGUUGGAAAAAUUAUUCUAAAUCUGCUCUAGUAAAUCUUUUGAGACAAAACAGAAAUUUAACAUUUAAUUUUGAGAAUAUUCAUGAAAAUGCAAUCAACUUAAUAAGUAAUUUAAAAAAAUGUGUUCAAACGUUAAUAACUGAAAAACUAGUCUCUGUUGAUAAAUGCUGCAAGUGGUUCUCAGUGGAGCUAUUACAAAUGAAGCAAAGGCAGGACCAGGCCUAUUUGAAACAUGUAACAGAAGGAGGAGCUAAUUCAUGGGCAAUUUAUAAAGCAUUCAGAAAUGAAUACUCUAGCACUUUAAGAAGAAAACGGAAAGAGUAUAUUCAAAAGUCAAUCGAAGAAAAUAAAAAUAACAGUAAAGAGUUAUGGAAAAUAUUAAAGAAAAUGAUAAAACCUGAAAGUGCACCGGCUAAUACUAUCUGCUUUGAUAAUGUCAAUGAAAAAAAUAGAGUUGAAAUUCCUAGAAAAUUUAAUGAGUAUUUCGUAAAGAGUGUGGAAGAAAUAAGCAAUUCUAUUGAGGAAGUGAAUGCACCACCUGAGCUUGAGUGUCAAUUUUCUGCAACAAAUAUGUCGUUUUUUGAAACAAUAACAUUAGAAAAACUAAAAUCUGUGAUAUGGUCUUUAGAAUCAAAGUCUGGAUCUGACAAUAUCAGUGCUUCUGUUUUGCGCGACGCUUUCGAAGUUAUAGGACAAGAUCUAUUGAAUGUGAUUAAUCAGUCAUUAAUAUCUGGAGUGGUGCCUGACAGUUGGAAAGAGUCAGUGGUCAUUCCCAUAGAAAAAGUCCAGGGAACAAUGAAUGCAUCAGAGUUUCGACCAAUAAACAUGCUUCCUCUCUAUGAAAAAGUUUUAGAACUGACAGUUAAAGAGCAACUUCUAAAUUAUUUAAAUGUUAACAAACUCCUAGCGGCAGAGCAAUCUGGGUACCGUAAAAACCAUUCGUGUGAGACAGCUCUUAACUUGGUGAUUUCAAAAUGGAAAAAACAAUUGGAAAGCAGGAAAAAAAUAUUCGCGGUUUUUCUAGACUUAAAGAGAGCUUUUGAGACUAUUUCAAGAGAAAAAUUGAUUGCAGUCCUUAAACAAUACGGAAUUACAGGAAAUGUGAUUAAUUGGUUUUCUUCUUACCUAGUCAAUCGAAGUCAACGAACUAAGUUUAACUCUGUGAUAUCAGUUCCCAUAGAAACGUUAGUUGGAGUACCUCAGGGAAGUGUUUUAGGUCCCCUUUUAUUUAUUUUAUAUAUAAACGACAUGAAGAGAGUUCUUAAACAUUGUGAUAUUAACUUGUUUGCGGAUGAUACUGUGCUCUUUAUUGCCUCAGACAAUGCAGUUGCAGCUAUUGAAAAAUUAAAUUUUGAUUUGGAAAACCUCUCUCGUUGGCUAAAAUUCAAAAAACUCAAACUAAAUGUAUCGAAAACAAAGUAUAUGAUAAUUGCUAAUAACAAAGCAAGUCUGCCAAUUUUGAUAGUCAGUAUUAAUGGCGAAAGAUUAGAAUGCGUUACCGAAAUUAAAUAUUUGGGAGUAAUCAUUGACGAUAAACUGGACUUUAAAAAACACAUAGAUUAUAGUAUUAAAAAGAUUGCAAAAAAUUUGGUGUACUGUGUCGUUUACGCAAUGAUUUAACCCAGUGGAGUUUAAUUUAUAUGUACAAAGCACUUAUUUCACCACACUUUGAUUUCUGCCCAUCCAUAAUAUUUCUAGCUAACGAACAGCAAAUGAAUAGGUUACAAAAAAUACAAAAUAAAAUCAUGCGUUUAAUUUUAAAGUGUAAUAGGCGAACUCCAAGGCAAUCUAUGUUAAAUGCACUGCAAUGGUUAUCGGUGAGGCAGCGUGUAACAUUUCUAACAGUUGUUUUAAUUUAUAAAAUAGCAAACGGAAUGGCACCUGAAUAUCUUCAAAAAAUAUUGAUUCGUGGUUCAGACAUUCAUCAGCACAACACUCGUAUGGCUUCAGAAAUAAGAGCAGCAUCGUUUCUUUUAACAAGCACACAAAAUUCAUUAUUUUAUAAAGGUAUAAAACUAUACAAUACAUUGCCUAGAGACUUUAAAAAUGAAAAGAACUUUGCGGUGUUCAAAAGGAAGACAUUAGGUUUUGUAAAAGAAAAUGUUGGUAUAUGAUUUGAGUAUUAGUUGAGUGUAGAUUAAGUGACUUUUUUUUAAAUGUAUUAAUUGUGUGAAUAUCUUUGUAUGAUGAUAAAAUUAGCAAAAAAAAAUAGAUAAAUAAAAUAAGGUUGAUGGACGCGCAUGGGCUUAAAAAAAAUAAAUAAUAAUAGCAACAUAACAAUGCAAACAAGAAGUGAAUUAACUAAACAAAAUAUCUAACAAGAUAAAUCAGACACUCUGCUAUUCCCAUGGGCGGGGGUAAGUGGAGGGCCAUCAUCAUCAUCA